CGCAUAAGCUUCAUAGCACACAGUCUUGGAGGCUUGGUUGUGCGCGCAUGUCUGGCUCACUUUUAUGGUUAUUGAAUCGUCGUUCUCGUUGUUGUCCUCACUCAAUUAUUAAUUUGGAAGAAUCCAUGGGCUUGUAAAGAUGCAAGAAACUUUAGAUGAAAUAAGAUGCGUCUAAACUUGUCUCCCUCUCCUUCCAAUCGGCAAUCGCAACCCCUAAUCGGAGUCCUCCAGCCUCCAAGCGCGCCUUGGCCUUUUUAUGACGCUAUCGUCGCCGCAUCUUGGCUACCAGCGUAACGUAUCGCCACUCGUGAAGACUGGGAUGUGGGUGCUGAAUAGGAUGCGACAAUGCGCGAGUCUUGAUGAGUUAGCUAUGACUGACACCGUUGCAGCUGUUGAAAGUAGUGCUAUAUUAAUUGGUCGUGGUGUGGGUUUUGGAAAGGAAGAUGAUCAACAAGAACCGGCCACGCAGGAGCAGCAAUCAAAUCAAGUUACAACUGCAAGAGGCUCUAGUACAACCACAUUCAAAGCAUCACCAACGGAACCAGAGGAUCCAAGACGAAACACCUUGCUCUACAGACUAGCAUGCGACCCGAGUCGAAAUCUGUUGCAUCUGUUUGCCCGCGUAGUUCUGGUUUCGAGUUUCCAAGAUUCCUAUGCUCCAUACGAGUCGGCACGAAUCGAGGUGGCUGGUGAUGAUCGUGUUUCAUUUGAGGAGGGAAGGCGGACUGUGAUUGAUACAGCUGGUGAUGCUGGGGGUCAAGCAGGGAAAGGUGCGAUAGGAUCAAAUACUGGUAGAGGCAGCAGUACCAGUGAUAGUACCGGAAGCAAAGAUGCAAUAGUGACAGAAAUGGCCAACAGUUUGCUUCAUAAAAUAGUCGCGUCGACAUCGACAUCAACACCUGCUUCAAGAACACGUCUUUAUAGGGUUGACGUCAAUUUUGCUUUUUCUACACAGUCUCUAGACACUUUCCUAGGACGCGCGGCACACAUACAAUUUUUGGAAUCACAUGCUUUUUUGAAGACGCUCAUACAAGGAUACAGCUUUCUCUUCAGUUGAUUACAUUUAUGCAUUUUGCGAACCUUACUAGAAAGACCCUUGUGAAACUUUCGUUUCACAGAGCGCUGUACUAGCUCCACUGCGGCAAUGCCAAUCGCUGCUCUCCAGGGCACCGGCGAAAGCAUUGAAUGAAGAUUGCGAUUACCCAGCAAAACCGAAAACGCAAAAAAACAGCAUCAAUCAUAAACAAAUAGUCAAUGCACAUAUUAAGCAGCUGCAUCUUUCGUUCCCCUGCC